AACAUCAGCUCACCAGUUCCUGCAUUGGUAGUUAAAACACAUUACCCGUUGGUUUUCGCAUUCUCUCACUGGACGAGGUGCUAUUCGCACAUAAACAAAUAAGUUUGUAAUCCAUGAAAAAUAGUUGAAGUUCACAAUACUUAAUAAGUGUGGAAUUUAUAUUAAGUGCUAACGUGGGUAUUCACAAGUGGAAUUAAAAUAACGCCGCUAGUACCAGUUACACGUGCACGAGGAUGACGAGUGCAGCAUCGGCGCCGACGGAGAUGAUGUAUGCCGACGGCGGCAAAUAUUACGACAGCAAGCCGCCAGCUCUGACCCCUACCCACCUUCCUCAGUACGGCAAGGACGGACUGUUCACCGAGGAUGACGUCACCGGCCGCGUGGAGGCCCAGGUGGAGUCCGGUUCGUCCGGCGAAGACUCCUACUGCAAUGACGACUCCGACAAGGACAAAGGGUUUCGGGAUGACGCCGACGAGAGCGCCGACGACGAGACUCAGUACGUCACCUUGGAGACCAUCAACCCAAAGUAUCUGCCCACGGAGAACGCGUACCGCACUGAGGCGCAGAUAGAGGACGUGAAUGUCAUUGAGUUUAAAGACAAGGUCCAAGCGCAGGUCUACAGUAUUGACGCCCUGUCGCACUACUAUCAACCAUCGGAGCCUGGGCACCAGACAUCCAGCGAGGCCGGCCACGUGACAUCCGAUAUGAGCACCUACCUCGAGCAGCACCACUACAAAUACCCGCGAUACGACGAGGUGGACGGCGGGAUACCCGCCAUGACAUCGUCGCACGUGAGGAAUCACGUGACCUAUCCAUCCACGCAUGCGCGUUAUCCUUACUACUCAGAUUCCAAUGCGGACAUCGAGCAUGACAGGAACGCGGACGGAAUGUCAGUGGAGCGGCGUCACGAGGCGCCGUAUGGCUACCCCCUGGUGAGCGAGAAGGCAAGCCCACAUCAGUGGGUCUAUGGCGGCCCGCCUCCACUGGUUCUGCCCGGCCCGUCCAAGGCGGCUGUGUUCCUGUGCAACAGGGAGCUGUGGACCAGGUUCCAUCAGUACACCACGGAAAUGAUCGUUACUAAGCAAGGCCGACGGAUGUUUCCGAUCCUGGAGUUCUCGUUUACGGGCCUUGUGCCGACGCGCAUGUACAACGUGUACGUUGACGUGAUCCUGGCAGACAACAACCACUGGAAGUUCCAGAACGGACAGUGGAUCGCCGUGGGGGAGGCUGAACAGCUGCCCAAAACCGGCCGAAUCUACCUGCACCCUGACUCGCCUAACACCGGCGCCCACUGGAUGAAGCAGGACGUCCACUUCAACAAGCUCAAACUGACCAACAACAAGAACAACUCCGGCGGACACAUCGUUCUCAACUCGAUGCACAAGUACCAGCCCCGGAUCAACGUGAUCGAGGUGGGACCGUGCAAGACUGGCGACCCGAAGACGCUGCAGACGCACUUCUUCCCCGAGACGCAGUUCAUCACCGUGACCGCCUACCAGAACACUGACAUCACUCAGUUGAAGAUCGAUCACAAUCCCUUUGCCAAAGGGUUCAGGGACACGCAGGAAGGCAACAUCCAAGUUCAGCGCGGCUACAAUAGCUACACUCCCAUCUCACAGACCGGUCACGCUGCACCGGAAAUAUAUCAAAACACGCAUGCGUACGGGCGCCUCCCGCAUCCCGGAAUGCCGUUUCCAGUUUCAAUGGCGCCCGUCGUCAAAAGUGAGAAAGAAGGCACAAGCAAUGAAAGCCACGGGUACUUCCCCCUUGGCAGCUACCCGGGUAUCUCUGCGGAAAGUCUACGCGGAUAUCCCGGGAACUUCCCGCCUCCAUACCUCAUUCCCCAGUACUCAACGACUACCUCCAAUUCCGGGAGUUCGAGCGGCCUCGACUCCGUCCAUGGCGAGGAAUCUCCCAGCAGGUUCGACCAGUUCCGGGCCUCUCCGGCGGCGGCACUCCACGGCGCAGACGCGGCGCCAGGCCAGCACUACUGGGACACCGACGCCGACAAGGAUCAGAGCUAUGAGGAAUACCAGCCGUCGAAACGCACGCGCUAUUCCAAAGACGACUAUUCCUAAGUGACAUACAUGUGCUCAUGAAAGGGGUAUUAGACAAUAUAUCUCGUAAAUAUUGGAAAGUAUUAAAACGAGACAUGUUUUAAUUGUACACGAUUGUACAAUUGUAUAAUUGUGUUUAAAGUAGCAAUAAUUUAUGUUGAUGGAAUUGUUCAAUUAAUCAAAUACUGCUAAAAAGUACUUUUCUAUUUUAAUUGUAAUUCUGUAUACCGAAAAGUCGUCGAUACGCCCCUUUUAACUUCAUAGUAUUCGGACUGAACAGUUUCGGUAACGUAAGCACUUUUUAAGAAUUUGUGAUUUGAGCUUCUUGCAAAACACAAGUGUGAACGUGUGCUAUAUACUGUUUGUUGUGUACUAAAGCAUUUUAUUAAUUGCGUUACAUUUUUCAACGCAGAGUCAAAGUCAUUAUUCUUUAUUUUAGCCAAGAUUUGUUAUAGUGUUCGGCUAAUCAAUUAAUAUUUCUUGUAUAUAAGAAGAAUAUACUUUCAUUUAUAAGAGCGUUGACCCUGAUAUGCCUAUGCCUGCAGUCUCUCUUGAUUCUUUAAUAUUGCUUAAGUCAAUCCAUAGAGAUGUAUCUACGUUACUUACGAAUGUUACGUAUAUGUAUUUCCUUAACCUGUGAUAAGGUUCUGAAGAGCAAAUAUACAUGUCGUUAUAUUGUUCUAUACAUAAAAACGUCC